AUGUUCCUCACGAUUACGCUUCUCGUAACAGCCUUAACGUUUAUUUAUUUUUAUCUAUCAUGGUACAGUAGCUAUUGGACGAAAAGAAGUGUUCCCGGGCCGGCCCCAAUGCUGUUAUUUGGAAACUUUCCCAGUUUUUUCCUACGCCAUCGUCCAUUUGUUGAAGAGUUCCAGAAAAUUUACGACAAAUAUCGUUCCCGUGGUAACUUUGUCGGAGUUUUCAACGGCCGACAACCGGCAAUAGUCUUGCAGAAUCCUUCUAUUAUCAAAGAUGUGCUGAUUAAAAAUUUUAAGAACUUCCAAGAUAACGAGGUCGCUGAUUCGUUCAAUAAGGAAACAGAUCCUAUUUUUGGUCGCAAUCCUUUUGUGUUGAAAGGCGAAGAAUGGAAACAGAAGCGAGCGGAGAUCACCCCAGCAUUUACUAGCUCCCGUAUGAAGGCGCUUUUCCCCCUCGUAGAGGAUGUGUCCCAGCGUAUGAAACAGUACAUCGAUCGCAACACGAAACAACCCAUCGAGACCCGCGAAAUGUGCGCCAAAUUUACGACGGACGUUGUGGCCAGCUGCAUUUUUGCGGCAGACGCACAGUCUUUCACGAUGGAAAAGGCGGAAAUUCGGGAGAUGGGUCGAAAACUGUUGGAACCCAACUUCAAAAUCAUACUCAUGUUCAUACUGAUGGGUAUUGUGCCUGCACUCAAAAAGAGUAUUCCGGUGGCAUUCGUCCCGAAAUCGGUCGAGCAGUUCUUCAUGAAGCUGAUGAAGGAUGCCGUAGAGUACCGAGAAAAGAAUAAUAUAAAGCGGUCGGACUAUCUAGAGCAUCUGGUCAAUUUGAAGGCCAAAAAGCAGUUAAGCAUACUGGACAUGACCGCCCAUGGAGUAACGUUUUUCAUCGAUGGCUUCGAAACAUCCAGUUUGAGCAUGAGCUUCGCUUUAUAUGAAUUAGCUCGCAAUCCAGGCUCACAGACAAAAUUACGAAACGAAUUACUGGCGGCUCGUAAAGUAGACGGUUCCAUCGACUACGAGACACUAUUGGAAUUGCCUUAUCUCGAUGGCGUACUGAACGAGUCCUUACGUCUUUGGCCUCCAUUGGCUUUCCUUUCGAAGGUAUGCACCGUACCAACGGAAAUUGAGCUGUACCGUGGUAAAACUGUAACGAUCGAGCAGGGAAUUCCCGUAAUGAUCCCGCUCUGGUGUAUACAUCGCGAUCCCGAAUACUUUGACGAUCCACAACAUUUUAAUCCAGAUCGCUUCGCCCCGGAGGCCCUUGGUACUGCGCUUUAUCGCGACAAAGCAUGUUUGUUGCCUUUCGGCGAGGGCCCACGUCAGUGUUUAGGUAUGCGCUUUGCCCUAAUGCAAGUGAAACGCGGAUUGUUUGAAGUUAUAACCAAGUUUGAGGUUUCCGUUAAACCGAAACCUAUUAAAUUAGAUCCAAAAACAUUUAUUGUGUGCCCAAAGGAUGGCUUGUGGCUAGAUUAUAAACCGUACGUAUCAUCUUCAUUGAAACGGACCACAGUUUUUGGACAACCGUCCACGAUGUUCCUCACGAUAACCUUGCUCGCGACAGCGCUUACGUUUAUUUACGUUUACUUAACAUGGUACCACAGCUAUUGGACGAAAAGGGGUGUUCCCGGACCGACGCCAAUGCUGCUGUUAGGUAACUUUCCCAGUUUUAUCCUACGCAAUCGACCAUUCACCGAGGAGUUUCAAGAAAUUUACGAUAAAUACCGCGCUCGUGCUAAUUUCGCCGGAGUGUUCAAUGGUCGGCAGCCGGCAGUGCUGUUGCAAAACGCUACAUUCGUCAAAGAUGUGCUGAUAAAGAACUUUAAGAAUUUUCAAGACAAUGAGUUUGCUGACUCAAUCAACAAGGAGAGUGAUCCCAUCUUUGGUCGUAAUCCUUUCAUGCUGAAGGGUGAAGAAUGGAAAGAGAAACGUGCGGAAGUCACCCCAGCAUUCACCACUUCGCGGAUGAAAGCCCUUUUUCCUUUCGUGGAGGAUGUGUCCCAGCGCAUGAAGCAGUACAUCGAUGGCAACACUAAUCAACCCAUCGAGACCCGCGAAAUGUGCGCCAAAUUCACCACGGACGUCGUGUCGAGCUGCAUAUUCGCGGCAGAUGCUCAGUCUUUCACUAAGGAAAAGGCCGAAAUUCGGGAGAUGGGCCGGAAGCUGACCGACCCUAGCUUCAGAGUCGUACUGAUAUUCUUGCUGAUCGGAAUUGUGCCCGCACUUAAAAAACUCAUUCCAAUCGCUUUCGUGCCAAAACCGGUAGAGCAAUUCUUCACCAAGCUGAUGGAAGAUGCGGUUGAGUAUCGCGAGAAGAACCACGUGAAGCGGUCCGAUUACCUCGAACACUUAAUCAAUUUGAAAGCCAAAAAGCAAAUAAGUUCGUUAGAUAUGGCGGCCCAUGGAGUGACAUUUUUCAUCGAUGGCUUCGAAACAUCCAGCCUGGCGAUGAGCUUUGCACUUUACGAAGUAGCCCGGAACCAAGCAGUGCAGGAGAAACUCCGUAGUGAACUGUUGCAGGCCCGUAACGAUGAUGGUUCCAUCGAAUACGAUACGUUGCUAGAGCUCCCUUACCUCGAUCAAGUACUGAGUGAAUCACUUCGCCUCUGGCCUCCAGCGGCAUUUCUUUCCAAAGUGUGUACAGUUCCAACCGAGUUGGAACUGUUCCAUGGCAAAACGGUAUCAAUCGAGCGGGGAAUGCCCGUAAUGAUUCCUGUUUGGUGUCUACAACGCGAUCCGGAGUACUACAAUGAUCCCGAGUGCUUCAACCCGGACCGCUUCGCACCCGAAGCCGGUGGUACCAAAUUAUACCGUGACAAAGGAUGCUACCUACCAUUCGGUGAUGGGCCCCGCCAGUGCCUAGGCAUGCGGUUUGCCCUAAUGCAGGUUAAACGGGGGCUGUUCGAAGUCGUAACGCGGUAUAAGCUUUCUGUCAACUCGAAGACACUGCAACCAUUAAAACUAGACCCGAAAGCGUUCAUCACGGCUCCGUUGAAUGGAUGUUGGCUAGAUUACAAACCUGUCACAGCAUAGAUUAGGUUUACUGAUAACUGUUAAUGGUAAACGAUAAGAGACAGUCAGUCAGUAAGUCAGUAAAUCAUCGUUUGCAAAAGCUGUUAUGGACAGCUGACAA